AAAUUUUGAAGAAAUUCUUUCUCAGGUUGAUAUACCUGAGGAAUACAAGUUAAUGGACAUCGUGGAGAGAGUUAAAUGGGUUGCCAACGAGAUAAAUAGACUCAGGGCUGUUUCCCUGGAGUACAACAAAUUGAAAGAUGCCUUUUCUUCAAUUGAAGUAGCGGACAAUCUUUCCUUUCCUGAUUUAGAAUCUUGUUUGGGUUGGCUUACGGAAUCCUUUUAUCAGGCCAAAGAUGAAAUAAAUAUGCUGCAAUAUCAAGCUGAACGUUUAAGCUCUUCGCUUUCAACUGAAUUACAAGAGAAGGACUAUAUCCAAAAGGAGCUGGAAGAACUAGAAUGCAGGCACAGUGAAUUGGUAGAGAAGGCACGUAAGGUCACAUUUGAGAAGGAUCAGAUUGUGGGAAUGUUACUAACAAGGUCUGGCAUGAAAACUGAAGAACAAGAAGAUGUGGAUCAGGCUUCAGCUGAUUCAGAAAUGCUUCUGGAUAGAUGCUUUAAGAAGAUAGAAGAACAAACUGGAUCAUCAUUUCAAAUUUCUCAUAGUGAUGCGCAAUUGCUUGAAAGAAUUCAGAGCCACUUGUAUUUGACAAAUCUGGAGUUGGUCAUAUGUAAAGAAAUACUUGGAGAAGAAAUCCUGGUGAGAGCACAGGUAAGUGACUUCACAAAUGAAUUAAGGCGGGUAUCUCAAGAUCUUGCGGCGGUGAAGAACGAAAAGGAUUGCCUGCAGAUGGAUCUUGGGCGAUCUGAGGAGAAAUCUGCUUUGUUGAGGGAGAAAUUAUCCAUGGCAGUUAAGAAAGGGAAGGGAUUACUCCAAGACCGGGAAAACUUGAAAAUUAUUCUUGAAGAGAAAAAUGCAGAAAUUGAGAAGUUGAAGCUCGAAAUACAACACCAAGAAUCUACAGUUAAUGAAUGUAGGGAUCAGAUCAAUAUGCUAACAGAAGAUUUAAAGCAGAUUCCAAAGUUGGAGGCUGAUCUAGUUGCUACGAAAGAUCAGCAAUAUCAACUUGAGCGGUUGUUGUCACAAAGAGAUGACUUCUUGCAAAGAUUGAUUGAAACAAUUGACAGUAUUUUUCUUCCUGUUGAAUCAGCUUUUGAGGAUCAUAUCCAAAAGGUGAACUGGCUUGCUGGCUACAUUGAUGAAUGUAAGAGUGGUAAGAUGCAAGCAGAGCUAGAGGUAGAAAAUGUUAAGGAGGAAGUCAGAACUCUAAAUUGCAAGUUAGUGGAGACCAUGGCAACUGUCAAAUCACUGGAAGAUGCAUUAUCAGUUGCAACAAACAACAUUUCUCAACUUUCAGAAGAGAAGAGGGAAAUUGAAGUUAGCAUGAAAAAUAUUGAACUACAGCUACAGAAAGCAGAAGAAGAAGUUUCCUCCCUUACCAGCAAGGUUUUGGAGGCUUGUGUGACCAGAAAAUCCCUUGAAGAUGCGUUAUCAAAUGCUGAAAAUGGUAUUUUGGAGCUGAUCGAUGGGAAAGAAGAGGCUCAAGUUAGCAGAGCUGCUGCAGACCUGGAGGUAGAGAAAAUGAGAGGGGAACUAGCUGAAAAGACCAGCAGCCUGGCUGAGGUGAAUAACACUAUAAAAUCACUCAAAAAUGCACUUUCUUUGGCAGAAAGAAAUGCUGCUCUGCUGACUAGCCAAAAUAAGGAUAUGGAAGCAGACAGAACCAAGUUGGAGAAUGAGGUAAAGAAGCUGAAAGAUGAAACUGAAUCCCAGGCAAGCAAGUUGGCAGAGGCUUGCAAUAGAAUAAAAUCAUUAGAACACGCAUUAGUAAAGGCAGAGAAUUGUUACUCUGUUCUAGAAGAUGAAAAGAGAUUUGCUGAGCAGGAGUUAUCAACACUUAAUUCCAAAUUGAAGGCAUGCAUGGACAAGUUGGCUGGAACCAGUGGCAACUUAGAAAGUCAAACGAUGGAGCUCGCUCUUUAUGUUAACGAUCUACAACUUGUUCUAAAAGAUGCAAAUCUGUUCUCCCAAUUUAGUCUUGGCUUUGAGAGCAAAAUCAAGAGCCUGAGAGAUAUGGACCUCAUUAUUAGAGACAUCAGGGACCAUUGUGCCGAUAAAGGUUUGAGAACAUUGCUAUGUGCCAAUGGUAUAGAGGACGAUUCACUUGUGCAAGGUCCUUCAUUGAAUGGUCUUAGUGAUGCUGUGAACAUUGAAAUGGAGAACUAUGAAGUUAAUGCUGUCAGUUAUGAAGAUGUUUGUUCGUGUUUCAGAAAGAUUGCAGAAGGGUUCAAGAUGAAAAACAAAGUUCUUGCUGAUAAGUUUGAAGGUUUUUCUGCUUGUCUAGAUGAGCUUGUUUCAUAUUUGCUUAGUAAAAUGCAGGCUACAAGGGAUGAUCUGAUAAAUCUUUUUGACUACACUGAAUCUUUGAACCAAACACUGAAGAAUAUGGAAAUCCAUAACAAGGAAAAGGAGAAAGCUAUAGCCGUAAUAGAGAAAGAUUUUACAGUUCUAGAGUCUAUGUGUACUAAGGCAUCUAAAGAACUAGGAUUUGAUGUAAAAAGCAAUCUACGAGAACUUAUCUCUGUUCCUGAGAUGGAUUUACUGAACCACGACUUGGUCCCAGCAGAAGGGCAGAAACUCGGUGGCGGAGGUGUUGUACGGUAUCAGCAAAUGCUUGAUGGUGGAAAAUAUAUCAGUGAGGCAGAAGAGUCAUCCUUUUCUGUAACUAAGGUGCAGACUGUGAGUAAGUUGUUUGAGAAUACAAUUAAUAUGGCAGCUUCUAUGAUUCAAGAUUUGCAGCAUGAAUUGAGAGAAACCAAGGAAGCUUUAGGAAAGGUUGUAAAUGAAAGAGAUCUAAACCAAAAUAGGAUUUCUUGUUUGGAGGCUGAUGUUGAAACAUCACAAGUUUCAUGCAGAGAGCUGAAACUUAAAGUAGAAGAUUUUCAUGUCCAAGAGGGCAAGAGGCAUGAAAAAGAGGCAGAACUUGCAUUAUUGUCGAAUAGUUUGUUGGUAAAAGAACAAGUGGAUCCUCUCCUUUCAGCAUCGCAAAUCAGGGCCCUAUUCGACAAAAUAGAUGGGAUUAACAUCCCUUCUGCAGAAUCAGUUGAAGACCUGGAGCCAUUUAGUGCGCCUAAUGUAAAGAAGCUAUUUAAGAUUAUAGAUAGUGUAACUAAAAUGCAGCAGCAAGUAAAUUCUUUAUCUCAUGAGCAAGAAGAGUUGCAGUUGACAUUGUCCAGCCAAAUUCUUGAAAUUGAUUAUCUGAAGAAGGAGGUUGAAAAGUACAAGGGAAGCAAGCUGGACUUGGAGAAGAGAAAAACUGAAUUAUUUGAGCUUUCAUUUGGUUUAGAAAAAAUUAUUGACUUGUUGUGUGGUAAUGGAUUUGUUGGGAAUCAAAGAUCUGAUGAUAUAAGUGAACUUUUACCUGUAUUAGAAAAGAUGGUGAAGGCCCUGCUUUUGGAAGCUGAAAAUUCAAAACUUAAAGCCCAAGAAUUAGGCACAAAAUUUCUCGGGAGUCAAAAGCUUGUAGAUGAAUUGUCAACAAAGGUUAAAGUGCUUGAAGAGUCAUUUAAGGAUAGAAAUACUCAGCCAGAGAUUAUCCAGGACAGAAAUAUUUUUGAAGCAUCUCAAUUGCCAUCCGGGCCUGAAAUCUCUGAAAUUGAAGAUAUGGGUUCGCAUGUGAAUAACGCAAUAUCUCCUGUUCCAUCGGCUGCUCAAUUGCGAACCAUGCGAAAGGGAUCAACUGACCAUCUUGCAAUUAAUAUUGAUUCUGAAUCUGAUAAUCUGAUCAACAAGGGGGAAACUGAUAUAGAUAAAGGUCAUGUCUUCAAGUCUCUCAACACAUCUGGUCUCAUUCCAAAGCAAGGAAAGAUGAUUGCAGAUCGAAUUGAUGGACUUUGGGUUUCUGGUGGUCGAGUAUUGAUGAGUCAUCCUGGAGCAAGACUAAGCCUUGUUGCCUACUGGCUUUUCUUACACAUAUGGCUGCUGGCUACCAUUUUGUAACUGAAUCAAUACCUGCAUUUAUCCUUGAUGUGAUCUACAGGAGUUGUCGUCAACUGUUUAAACUUGGAAUCAUAUCAUGGACAUUUUGUACUCAUUACCUUUCCUAUUCUUUUUACUACAUAAUGUUGGCGUAUACAUGUUGCCUGUACAUAUUCCUUAAUUGGUUCUCUGCAAAUGGCAUUUUAGGGAUUGCAGAGAAUCCAGGUUCCAUGUCUAGAUAAACUAAUUUAAAUGUCCUCCUUUUUGUUACC